UCGAAAACUAUAAAACGGACACCACCUGCUCGUUUUAGAACUCACCACCAUCAUAUUACGGAAGCCCGCUUAUCAUAUACGCUACCGGCGCAUCUUAGAGUACGCCACCGGAUUGCUGAUCUUGACUGCCCCGUUGACGAUGUCCGAUGAAAACUCUAAACCCUGCUUAAGUCUUCCGCUGAUGUGUCUGCAGUUUUCCAGAAAGAACUUGUUGGAUUUUUGAAGUUACAUUCAUUAGUAUUCUUCCCCGAAUCAAUUUUCCCGGCGAUCAAGUAAUGCUACUGUUUUUCCACAGAACGCCUUGAAGUUACAUAGGGAGAUGGGGGUCAAUUCGGUGAGGGUAUCACGAGGGUUGUUGUGGAGUUGGUUUUCAACAGCAUCGAUGCUGGUGCCACCAAGAUUGAACUUAACCCAGGUAUUUGUUGCUAUAGGCGUUGGAACUUGCUAUGUUAAGGUGGAUGACAGUGGAUCUGGUGUUUCACGAGAUGGACCGGUGCUGAUGGGAGAAAUAUAUGCGACAUCAAAAUACAGCCAUUCAGACGAUAUGCAUGCUUUCCCAGCAAGCCUUGUCUUCAAAGGAGAGGCUCUAAGCUAUAUUUCUGAUGUUUCUUUGUUGGAAAUUGUUACUAAAACUCAUUGGAGGCCAAAUGAAUAUCGGAAGGUUUUGAAGGAUGGCAAGUGUUUGUACCUUGGAAUUGAUGAUUGUUGACAAGAUGUUGGUACAACAGCCAUUCAGACGAUAUGCAUGCUUUCGCAGCAAGCUUUGGCUAUAAAGGAGAGGCUCUGAGCUCUAUUUCUGACGUUUCUGUGUUGGAAAAAAUGUUACUAAAGCUCAUGGGAGGCCAAAUGGAUAUUGUAUGGUUUUGAAGGAUGGCAAGUGUUUGUACCUUGGAGUUGAUUGUAGACAAGAUGUUGGCACAACAGG